CCGCGCGCGCCUCCUUGGCGAAGGUGAGGGGUGGGCCGAAGCCCGAGAUGGCGGCCUACCUCACGCACCAGCAGAAGGUGAUGCGGCUCUACAAGCGGGCGAUGCGCCAGCUCGAGUCCUGGUGCAUCCACCGACUAGACAGUAUACAAGGAGAACCUACUGUAGACAUCCAGUGACUAGAUGACACAAGGAGGCUCUUCUAUCCCUGAUUUCCAUGAAGAAUGGUGAUGAUGUGAAUUCUCUAAAGGUCAAGGGCAAGUCUUUUAGUCUGUGGGACAAGUAUCGAUUCUUUGCCUGCGUGCUGAGAGAACGGUUCGAAGAACACAAAAAUGAGAAGGAUAUGGUGAAAGCAGUAAAAUUGCUGAGAGCUGCUGAGGAAGAACUUUGGGCAAUGCAGCAUCCUCAACCUUACAUCUUCCCUGAUUCUCCUGGAGGCACAUCUUAUGAGAGAUAUGAAUGUUACAAGGCUCCUGAGUGGGUCUUGGAUUUCUGGCAUCCUUCUGAGAAGGCAAUGUAUCCUGAUUAUUUCGCCAAAAGAGAGCAAUGGAAGAAGCUGCAGUUAGAAAGCUGGGAAAAAGAGGUUAAGCAACUAGAGGCCGAAACUCCACCUGGUGGUCCUGUGAAUGAAGCCUUGCCCCCAGCUCGCAAAGAAGGGCAUCUGCCACCUCUGUGGUGGCAGUAUGUAACCAGACCCCGAGAACGGCCAAUGUAAAAGAAUCUGUGCAUGAACAAGCAAAUUACACUUGUGGUUUGUUCUCCAUAACCAGUAGGAAUUCCAGUUAACAUGCACUACUGUACUUAAUGCACAAUAAAACUAAAAUAAACGUGAAAUGUUCAUCACACUCAA